AUGGGCCGUCAGUGCGGGGCCCCGGGGCGCGGCCCGGGGGAGAAGGGCGCCGCCACCGCCCCUGCCGCCAGCGGCCCGCCAGGCUCCGCCGCGAGGCCCGAGGGGCGGAGCCGAGUGCGCACGCCCGCCUCGCCCCGCCCGCGCCUGCCACUCACGCUCCCGGCCCCGCCCACAUCCCCUGCACCUGGGCCCGCCCACCCGCGGACCACUUUUUUGGUUGGUUCGAGGGGCGGGGCCCGCAGACGAGAUCCCAGCAACCCCACCUAUGGACUCUGACAGUCUAUCUUACUGAACACCAGGCUUCAGGACUGCUAUGUGGACUUGCCAGCUCUCACCAACAUCUGGACAACCAGAAAGUGUGCAAAGCAGAACAUCAAUGCUCCCGUACCAGGUACCACCUCUUCUUGGGAAGUUGUAAAGAACCCAUUAAUUGCCAGUUCCUUCUCCCUGGUUAAACUGUUGCUCAGGCGACAACUGAAGGAGAAAUGCUGCCCAGCACCAUGCAGGUUUGGAGAUGCGAAACCCUCAAAGAGAUUAAAGCCCAAGGACGAUUCAGCAACGAAAGCCGCCCAGCAGGGCGGGAUAAGAAACUCCAUCAGUUCCAAGAGCAAGCGGCCAGUGGGGCAGUGGCCAGGCUCACCCAGGCACAGGAGGCCUGUAGGAGGCGUCAACGAGGUAGAAAGUUCAAAGGAGAAAAAAGUAACACUCUGCCAAGAUCUUGAGAGCAGAUAUGCUGAACAUGUGGCUGCCACCCAAGUGCUACCCCGGGACAUUGGGACGAUGUCCUGGAAGGGCCGAGCCUCACUUCCGGAAACCAGGAAGAGACAGCAGUUGUUGGAGGAUGCAUUAACCAUCCAUGGCCUCUGCACAGAGGGCCACCGGGCUCUGCACCACACGGUGGUGGAGCCAAUGCUGUGGAAGCCUUCGGGGAACCUCGAGAGGUACCGUUAGGAGCUGGGCAAGGCCAUCAAAAAAAAACCCUGGGAGGCUCUUUGCAGCCAGGCUGCCACCCCUGAAGGUGCUCAGAAGGACCCACUGCCAGGCAGGAAGAGGCCGGAGGUCCGCGAGGAGCCUGCUCCCAAGAAAUGGCACAAGUUAAAGAGCGAGAAAUAG